AUGCAGAUCAAACACCGUACAACGCUGCCAAGACGUGGCUGCUCCUGUCGAUGGAAAACGGGAAAGAAGAUCUGCAAAGUCAAUAAGAACAAUGGAGAGUUGAGUGAAUGUAAAGAGAACAACAUUUCCAUGGAAUACGACGGAUGUAUCGAAUACACUGAUGGGGCAAGGAAAGGAAUCUUCGAUUUUCCUCAGCUAAUCUACAUUGUCCCUGGGGUUUCUGUGUUGACAGGAGCAGUUUAUCUCCUCUGCAUGCGCAUGGAAUGCACAACAAGCUCCUCAGAAAAUCUCCCCGAAAUUCGUCUGCAACCUAUACGGGCUCCCGUGCAGCGAAAAGAGAUCUGGGACGAGAGUGUUCCUCCGAUCGCGUUCGACCUCUACGUCUCGGGUGUUGUCCUCUCUAUGGAGACUCCAAAGUGCACCACGGAGCGACCUGAGCAGUACCAGGACAAGAAAUUAUCUUAA